CCCGUUCGAGCAUGAAUUUCUGCAAACACCCCUGUCAACAUAAACUCAGUCUCCACUAGGUCCCUCCCGACUUCAAGUCCGGCCCACAAUGAAGGUCUUGGCCGCAGGAGUCAUGCCCCUGCUGCUGGUUCUGCACUGGAAACAUGGGGCCGGGAGCCCCCUACCCAUCACCCCCGAUGAUCCCAAAUGCGAAAUGCGCCACCAGUGCCAAGGCAACCUCACGUUCCAGAUCCGGAACCAGCUGAAUCAGCUCAAUAACAGCGCCCCGGAACUCUUCACCUAUUAUUACAAGGCUCAGGGGGAUCCAUUCCAGACCAACCUAGACAAACUGUGUAACCCCAACGUGACGGACUUCCCGCCCUUCCACGCUAAUGGCACAGACAAGGAGAAGCUGGUGGAGCUAUACCGGAUCAUAGCCUACCUCAACGCCUCACUAGGCAACAUCACCCGGGACCAGAGGGCCCUCAACCCCGGCGCCCUGCCCCUCCUCAGUCAGCUGAACAUAACCACGGCUGUGAUGAGGGGGCUGCUUAACAACCUGACCUGUCGUCUGUGCAAGAAGUACCACGUGGCCCACGUCUCCGUCUCCUACGGCCCCGACACCUCUACCAAGGACACCUUCCAGAAGAAGAAGCUGGGCUGCCAUUUGUUAGGGAAAUACAAGCAGGUCAUUUCUCUGGUGGCCCAGGCCUUCUAGGCACCCUGGGAAUCUCGAGGUGCCGCCUUGACUUGUGGGGGGGUCUCAACUGGACCUAUGAGAGAUCUCCAAACAGGAGUCUAGGCCUAAGGAUUCCCAAGAGUGACUCAGACCCGGGAAAGCAAAGAGCUCCCAAAGCUUGGUCUGGGGCACUCGCUGGGGGUCCUCCAGGUCCCUUCGGUGGUCUGCAGGUCGGAUCAUCAUGCCUGGUUAGCCUGUGCCAAUCUCAAGGGAUGGGAGUCUGUUUCCGGUGGGUAGUGAGAAGAGAUGCAGAAUUACCGUCCUUGGAUCCAAAGUGAUGGGUGGUAAAGCUGGUGUCAGAUGGGCUGGGGCUUCUGGGUGGUGCAUGUUGGGAAAGGAAUCUCUAUGGGAAAGGAGCCAGGCAGCUCAGUGGAAGGCCCUGGUAGCUGGUGGGGCUGUCAGCGUCUCUGAUGAUCUGGGGGCAUUCUCGGUGCCAGAGAAGGGCUCCGCUCCUUUGAGAGAGGCAGCACCCCUCUAGGGAGGGAGAAGUAGGUAGUGGCAAAAGGUACUUUGAGGUAUGGAGGUGAAGGAAGUUUUUGAUGAAGGAAAGCCCUAUGGAUUCACUGCCUCCCCCCUCAGCCCCUCAGCCCCUCAGCCCUGCCUCUUACCUGGAGCUUGGGAGGGUCAGGGAGGGGGGAUGAGCCAGCCCACCCCCCAUCCCUGCCUUUCCGGCUCUUUCAGUGUGAAGUGAUAGGGUUCAGGGGGUUCUCAGAGGUGGUUGAGAGGCGUGGGGGCCUAAGGGAGUGUGGUACUGUGGAUAGAGCAGGAGAUUUGAAGAGUUCAAAUUCACCUCUGCUGAUUACCAAGCUGUGUCCUCUUCUCUCUGGAGAAGACCCUAACCUUAACACCUUCACCUCUCUGGGCCUCAGUUUCCUCGGCUGGAAGAUGAGCUAGCUGGUUGGACUAGCUGACCUUUGAGGUCGGUCUGGGAUCCUAAGGAUUGUCAGGCCAGGAGAAGUAGCCCAGAGAGCUCACACGCCCAGGCCCAGGCAGGGAGAAGUCACUGGGCACUGGAGCCGGGAGAGAGAGGAAAGGUCGUGUAGUUUCAGGCUGGCCUGCCUGAGCCCACACCGGGUGACACAAGGACUGCAGAGAGAGCA